AUGUCCGAACAAGUCGAGACGCUCAAGGCCACCGUAGCCAAGCUGGAGCAGAAGAUUGAGGACCUCGAAGCGCGGUUACAGGGCAAAUCUUCGUCGGAUAGCAGCGACAGCAUGCGCAUGAUCCUGAUCGGUCCACCUGGUGCUGGCAAGGGAACACAGGCCCCGAAGAUCAAGGAAAAGUAUGGCUGCUGUCAUUUGGCCACCGGCGACAUGCUGCGCGCUCAAGUCGCCGCGAAGACCGAGCUCGGAAAGCAGGCCAAGAAGAUCAUGGAUGAGGGCAAGCUUGUGUCGGACGAGAUCAUGAUUGGCAUGAUCAAGAGCGAGCUGGAUACCAACAAGGAGUGCCAGCACGGCUUCAUCCUUGAUGGCUUCCCACGAACUGUCCCACAAGCCGAGAAGCUGGACGAGAUGCUCGACGCCAAGCGACAGCAACUUAAACACGCCAUCGAGCUUCAAAUCGACGACAGCCUUCUCGUGGCUCGUAUCACCGGCCGUCUGGUCCACCCCGCGUCUGGCCGCUCAUACCACAAGGUUUUCAACCCACCUAAGAAGGCGAUGACCGACGAUGUGACUGGCGAGCCAUUGAUCCAGCGAUCAGACGACAACGAGGAGGCUCUCAAGAAGCGACUAGGAACAUACCACGCACAGACCGCCCCUGUCACCGACUACUACCGCAAGACUGGUAUCUGGCGGAAGGUGGACGCCAGCAAGGAGCCAGGUGAUGUCUGGAAGAGCCUCCUCACGAUCUUCAAUGAGAGCGACAAGGGCUCGAGCGGAGGUCUGUUGGGCAAGCUGGGACUCAAGUCCUAG